AUGUUCUUCUCUCGCCGGAGGAGAACGGGGGCCUGCGAGGCGGCUCCCAUGGCGAACGUUGUGACGGCGAACGGGGAGCUUCGGCGAUUCGCCGGGGCCGUCAGGGCCGCCGACGUGCUCUCCGGCGACCCCCGCAGCUUCCUCUGCAACGCCGACGACGUGGAGCUCGACGGGUAUCUGACGCCCGUCGAGGAGGUCCUGCCGGGAGAGCUCUACUUCGCCGUGCCGCGGGCCAUGUUGCGGCGGCGCCUCUGCGCGGAGGAGGUUGGCACGCUCGCCGCGAAGGCCGGAGCCGCCCUUGCCAUGGCCGGCGUCGUGCUGGAGCUCGCCGGCGGGGUGAGGAGAGGGAGCGGCGGUGGGAGGAGGGUUAAGGGUUUCUCGCCGCGGCUGACGGCCAUUCCGGAGUUAAUGGGAGGAGAAGAAGAGAGGAAACCCCGAAAGGGAGUUCGCCGGCGCCUCUCCAUUGUCUCAUAA